GUGAGUUUGAGCGCGACUGUCGGUGCUAUUCGGUCCCUAGGGAGAGCGGCAGAAGUGUCUUUUGUCGUUACAUCGGAACUGAGCAGGCUGGACUAGACCUCCUCGUUCCGGCGGCGAAGGCGGCCCGUGUCUGCAUGUUUGCUCCAGAUUUCCAGGACCUACAUUGACUUGUCUUCAUAAUAAAAAAAAACUCCUGUAUUUGUUUUCUGUUCUACAGAAGUAAGUGGUGCAGAAAACAAGCAAAAUGGCCAAGGUGCUUUGCACCAAAGCCAGGCUAGUUACUUACCUGCCAGAGGUUCAGACGUUGGUUAAAAGGAUUGCAACCUUUAGAACAUUUGCCACUGCUGGCUCUUCAGGGUCUGAUGAACCUUACGUUGCAGUUGUACCACUUGAUCAAGGUUUGCAGACUGUAUGGCCUGAUGAAAAGAUGGGACCAUUUGGACCUCAGGAUCAAAGAUUUCAACUACCGGGUAACAUGGGGUUCGAUUCCCAUAUUAAUGGUGUCACUAACCUGAAAAGAAUCCCAGUGCGUAAAAUGCUGCCAGAUGUGCUGACAGAGCCGUUAUCAAGUGAAAAGCACGAGUUCGUCCUUGCACAGUUUGUCAAUGAAUUUCAGGGAAAUGAAGUUGAGCCACAACCACAGCACAUCAGUGUUGCAGAAAGUUAUUUUACAAAUGCAAAGGUGGAAUGCGUCAUACAAGUAUGCCCAGAGCUGCUACGCAAAGAUUUUCAGUCUAUGUUUCCCGAGGCUCCGGCUGCUGGAUUUACCGUUCUUACUGUAACCCAAAGGAGUCUCAAUGAUAUGACUAUAUGGAAUGAAGCAGUUGAGGAGGAACGUGAACAGCUACUGGAAAAAUUCAUUAAUGGUGCCAAAGAAAUCUGCUAUGCAUUGCACUCAGAGGGUUACUGGGCUGACUUUAUUGAUCCAUCUUCAGGACUUGCUUAUUUUGGACCCUACACAAAUAAUACACUGUUUGAAACGGAUGAGCGCUAUCAGCAUCUGGGUUUCCGCAUUGACGACCUUGGCUGUUGUAAGGUUAUUCACCAUCUGCUCUGGGGGACACAUGUAUUCGUUGGAAGCCUUUUCACAAACGCACCCACAGAUUGCCUUGUUAUGAAAAAAUUACAAGGGAACAAAUAGCCUUGACGUGAGACAUUGUUUCCCUACUGACAAGAAAUCAAAACCAAGUUUGAAAACUAUUUUAAUAAUGCAUUUAAGUGCUCAUGCACUUUAACAGGAAAACUAUAAGAUGUUAAAUAUAUUGGUGAUAUUUAUUUUAGUUUAUAUUUAAUGACAUUGUAAAAGACUGUGAUCAUGAGAAAUGUCUCUGGGAUAUGCACAUUUGCAUUCAAUAUAAAGAAAAUAUCACUAAAGAAUCCAGUCUCAGCAGUUUUCCAAAUGUAUUUUGAACACAUUAUUGAUCCUGUGUUCUGUGGUUUGACCCAGUUCCAUUGUGGCAGCUUAUUAGGUUUCUUAAAGCCAGCAUCAUUCUACAUUUCCUAAAACUUCGGUAUGGGUGCUACUCUGUUUUCAUAAAAACAUCUGGCUUUCCACUAUUACUUCUUGUGACUUACAGUACUGUUCAAAAGGCUUGGACAUACAUAUGCCAUUGUCCACAGCACUACAUAGGAAAGAUACGAUGUACUGGAGAGACCUUGCACAGUACUGUAUUGUCAAUGUGGAGCAGAGGGUGAGUUCGUAAAUCUGGUGGGAGCAAUGGAUGUUGGGAAUGGUGAGGGUGGAGCUCGCGGGAGGUGUUUCAGACAGAUGGCAGAGAAGGAGUGCCAGGGAAAGGGGGGGAUUGGCGUGGGUACUGUUAUGUGCCAGCAGCAAUAGACCACAGACUCAGCUUUUAAUAUUAAUCAGCUAUAUUUUCAGUAUCUACCCAAAUUAGAUUAGAUUAUGAGGACACGCAGUCCUCUUUUAUUGUCAUUUAGUAAUGCAUGCAUUAAGAAAUGAUACAAUAUUCCUCCAGUGUGAUAUCACAGAAACUCAGAACAGUCCAAGACUGAAAAACUGACAAAAAAAAACACAUAAUUAUAACGUAUAAUUGCAACAGUGCAACCAAUACCGUAACUUGAUGAAGAACAGGCCGUGAGCACGGUAAAAAAGUUCAAAGUCUCUCAAAAGUCCCACAUCUCUCGCAGACGGGAGAAGGAAGAAAACUCUCCCUGCCAUACCCGACCACAGUCCGACUCUGAGUCAUCCGAAAAUGUCGAGCUCCGAGCACCAUCUCUGCCGAACGCUUCGACCCCAGCCCCAGUCGCCAGCAGCAGGCAAAGCCGUAGAUUUUGGGGCCUUCCCUCCGGAGAAUCUCGAUCGCACAGUAGCAGCGGCAGCGCACUGGGCACUCCAGAUGUUAUCCAUGCUCUCACAGCUGUCUCCAUCAAAUCAGAAUUGUGCACGGCCUCUAUUUAACAAAUACGGUAUCAUUAAUACGGACAAUUAAACAAAUUACUCCCCUAAACAAAAAUUAAGUGCUAUGCAUUUGUAGCUCACAAACGGUGUCAGGUUUGGGAACAGUUCUUCUUAAAUCUUACUGAAACACGGUCCCAGAAAUGGCAAUCCAGAUGAUUCCAGAAAUCCAUGGAAACAGGUGAGGGAAAGAAACUUGUAAAUCCACACUAAGAUAACACGAAGUGGCGAUCAGGGAAAAUUCCAGAGGAUUCACGCUGGGAAAACAAUAGCAAUCACAGCAGAUUCCAGACGUUGAGUAGUGUUCCAAAAUCCUCCUAGGGAUAUCACAAGGUGACAGUCACGGAAUAUUCCUUAACACAAGUUGUCGCCACCUAACACACCCAAAUCCAUGUAUGAGUUAACAAAAACUGCUUGCCACAGGAAUACUCCAGAAAUCCAAGUAUGGAUCAUGUAAAGUGAGAGUCACGUAUCCAAUAUGCACUGUGUGCCGCUAAUUAUCACAAUCCUCUGGACAUAGAGGAGGAGUAGACUUGUCCGCUGCUGUAGCAAACUCUUCAACUAUCUCCACCUAGCUCGCUCUCCUGCUGGUACCUUGCAGUCCGCUGUUCCUUAACUGCCAAAUGUUCCAGCAACCUCUCUACAUUUUGUUAAUGACGUCAUCCACCCACCUCAUCCAAGCACCCAAAAUGACGUUUACGAGGUUAAAAAAAUCAUUGACGUGUAACAGUACAGACACACCCAGCCCUGAGACACCGGGUAAGGUCAUAUGAUUCCAAACAGUUGAACAGUUGGUUUAUUAAUCAUUACAGAAUGUUUUUCUGGUGCCUCCCUCUCCCUUCCCCUUUGCCCAACCAUAAUUUCCCCCUCCCCCUGCCCCCUUCCCACUGUCAGUCCACAAGAGAGACCCAUAUCAGAAUUGGGUUGAUCAUUCAUAUAUGUCAUGAUUUUUUAUAAGUACGAGGGGUGAUUGAUAAGUUCAUAGCCUAAGGUAGAAGCAGUCAAUUUUAGAAAACCUAGCACAUUUAUUUUUCAACAUUGCCCCCUCCUAGAUGUACACACUUAGUCCAGCAGUCGUGGAGCUUACGGAUCCCUUCCUUGUAGAGGUGGUCCACAGCAGGGGUGAUUGAUAAGUUCGUGGCCUAAGGUAGAAGGAGAGGAGUUAUUGACUUCAAACUUUCUGCAUUAUCACUCAAAGAGUGCAUGUAACGAGAGCGUCUUGGACCUCCAGAAAGUGAUAAGAUUGAUAAGUUCGUGACCUAAGGUAGAAGGAGAUGAGUUAUACUGCUGUCAUUACAUGCACGUGCAGUUCAACUCUUUGAGUGAAAAUGCAGAAAGUUUGAAGUUAAUAACUCCACCUCCUUCUACCUUAGGUCACGAACUUAUCAAUCACCCCUGCUGUGGACCACUUUCUGGAGGUCCAAAAUGCCGACUUCUACAAAGAAGGGAUCUGUAUGCUCCAUGAUGGCUGGACUAAGUGUGUAAAUGUAGGAAAAAUAACUCCGCUAGGUUUUCUAAAAUUGACUCCGUCUACCCUAGGCCAUGAACUUAUCAAUCACCCCUCCUGUAUUAUGACUUGUGCACCAUGCUGUAAUUUAUCCUAAAGUUGUUUAAAGUUUGGGAUUUUUUUCUCUCUACUUGACAAAAAUCCAUUUAGAAACAACAUAAUCAAGAUUGGAUACUUUCUUGAUUGUAGAAUAAAUGCUGUCAAAGAAAUGACUUGUUUGGGGAAAGUGCUGAUGGUCCUUGUGGCUUUGCCUGAAGGGUUACAUGCAGCUUUACUUUAGCAUCACUUGUGACUCCCAGCUCUGCGACAUGUUAUGGGGUCAUAUAGGAGUAAAAGAGGCCAUUCAGCUUAUCACUACAUGGUGACACCCGGACAACAAAUCUGUAUUAAUCCCUUUUUCCAGCCCUUGGCCCAAAACCACCUCUAGCUGAGUGAUUCAAGUGCUUGUCUAGACACUUAUUAAUGUUGUCAGUGAGUCUGUUUCUACUAUUCUCUCAGCCAUUUAUUCAGAUACUCCCUACACUUUGGGGGAAAAGAGGUUCCCCUCAGAUCUUCUCGAAAUUUUUGUCCCCCAGCAUAAAUCUGUUCCUCUAGAUUUAUCCAAUUUUGAUGUGGGUAGAGGUUUCCUACAGUCUAUACCUUUAAUUUUUAUACCUCUAUCAAGUCCCUCUUACCCUCCUCUGUUGCAGGGAGAAUGAACAUAGCCUCUCCGGUCUCUCCUCAGAAUUGAGGAAACAUCAUGAUGAAUCUCAUCUCGUCUCCUCUCCAGUGCAUCAUAACUUUCCCAUGUAGUUAGUGUUGUGGACAAUGGCUUCAUAGCUGUAAAGCAAGUUAACCAUCUCACAUAAUAUGGCAUAAAACACAGAAAAACACUUGCAGGUUUGCUCGUGAAAAGUUUAAAUGCAAAGUAAAUGAAUUAUUGCCACUAUGCAUGUUCUAUAAACUCUUAAUUUCAGUGUGAUUGACAACAGCAUUCUCACUGGGUGGCUGUGGUAGUCACUUGCAUCAAUCCUCAGGAAACAAGCCAACAUUUUCAUGAGUAUUGUGCUGAGGGGCAUUGACAUCAAAAUAGUAACUUCACCAAGUUUCACUCACUGUGUAAUAUGAUCAAGACCCUUCGUGUUUUACAAGAAUUUUGCUGACAACGGAUUGAAGGUUAUCUAAUUUCAUAGCAUUAAAUAUUAUUGACACAAUGCUAUUUUAUUGGAUUAUUUGAUGACACAAGAACAAUAAGCAUUUGCUACUCUUUUCAUAUGUAGUUAAAUCUUGACAAAUUAAUUUUGCCCAGCUAUCAACAAGGAUGAUUCAGA